UUACCGUUUGAUAAACACAUCUAAAUUGAGUGUUUUCCAUUGACAAUGUUUUUCGUCCUCCUAAAUUUGCGAUCACAGUUAAUGAAUCAUGGAAAAUUUUAAAAUUGCGCAUAAUUGCCCCACCAGCUGCGCCAACACCACCGACGAAAAUCCCCAAAUCACCAACCACCAUAACAGUGCCCAAAAGUUUGGUCCAGUUUUGUAUUUAAACCCGCCCUUAAAUUAAAACCAACCCUUUAUACUUAUAACUCGAACUCAAUUUAUUACUAAAAACCGCUGCGACCAUGUCGGACUUCGUCGAAUCGGAAGCUGAGGAAAGUGAGGAGGAGGAAUUGGAGCCCCAUGAGCGCAAGAAGCUCAAGAAAGUCAAGGCUGUGGAUAGUUCGGACGAGGAGGAGGAAGAUGACGACGAACGCCUCAGAGAGGAACUGAAGGACCUGAUUGACGAUAACCCGAUUGAGGAGAGUGAGGGCGAAGACUCGGACGCUUCCGGGGGCGAAAAACGGAAGAAAUCGGACGAUGAGCUUGACGAUCGGCUCGAAGACGAAGAUUAUGACCUGAUUGAGGAGAAUCUGGGCGUCAAAGUUGAACGAAGGAAAUUUAAGCGGUUGAGACGGAUUCAAGAUGAGGAAAGCGACGGGGAGGAGCAAGGGGACGAGAGCCAGGACAGGGAUGCCAUUGCCAUGGACCUGUUCUCGGAUGAUGAACGAGAGGAGCAAGUACAACGCAAGGACGACGAGAGGCGGUCUGAGCGAAGCCACAGACCGACUGCUGAGCCAGAACAGUUCAAUGAGGAGGAAGAAGAAGGCGAUUAUUCAGACGCUGAUGAUUUUAUUGUGGACGAUGAUGGACGUCCCAUUGCCGAGAAGAAGAGGAAAAGAAAACCGAUUUUCACAGACGCCACUUUGUUUCGCAAUAAAAGUAUUUUAUUCGAAAGAGCCUUGCAAGAAGCCCAGGAGACCUUUGGCGUCGAUUUCGACUUUGACGAGUUCACGAAAUACGAACAGGACGACUAUGAAGAAGACGAAGACGAGGAAGACGAAUACGAAGAGGACGAAGAAGGUGAAAGGCGCCGUCGUCCGAAGAAAACCGCUCGGAAGAAACCGACCAAAAAAUCAAUUUUCGAAGUCUAUGAACCAAGCGAACUCAAACGUGGCUUUUUCACGGACCUGGAUAACGAGAUUCGGAAUACGGACAUCCCCGAACGGAUGCAACUCCGGGAAGUCCCCAUCACGUCAGUGCCUGAGGACUCGACCGAACUGGACGUCGAGUCCGAAUGGAUCUACAAACAGGCUUUUUGCAAGGCAACUGUCUCAAAUAUGGACGCUAAUCUGACAAUGGAAGCCCGCGAACGGCAGAAAAAAGGCCCACAAACAAUUGGCAAAAUCCGAAAAGCGCUUGAUUUCAUGCGAAACCAGCAGCUGGAAGUCCCAUUUAUUGCGUUCUACCGUAAAGAAUACGUCCAACCGGAGCUAAAUAUCAACGACUUGUGGAAGGUGUACAAAUACGACGCCAAGUGGUGCCAACUCAAGAGCCGCAAAGAGAACCUCCUCGCCCUGUUUGAGAAAAUGCGCUCGUACCAACUGGACCAAAUCAUGAAAGACCCCGACGCCCCCAUUCCCGAGAACGUCCGCUUGAUCCGAGACUCGGAUAUUGAGCGCCUUAACAGCGUCCAAACGGCCGAAGAACUACAAGACGUCCACAACCACUUCGUUCUUUACUACGCCCAGGACUUACCAGCAAUGCACGCCGCUUGGCGAGCCAAAGAAAAGGAGCGCAAGAAGCAGGAAAAACGCGCGGCGCGUCUCAAACUGAUCGCCGAGAGUGAAGAAGGGGCGGAAAUCCCCGAAGACAUGGACGACGACCAAGAGGACGAGCCCGAACCUGAGACAUUAAAGUACGCCAAUCGCUCGGGUUCGUACGCUUUGUGCACCAAAGCCGGUCUAGACGCACUUGCCAAGAAAUUUGGCUUGACCCCCGAACACUUUGCGGAGAAUUUACGGGACAACUACCAGAGACACGAAGUGGAGCAAGAGCCAGUCGAGCCGCAGGAAGUUGCCAAACAAUUUGUGUGCACGCAAUUUCCAACGGUUGAUGAGGUUUUGCAAGCUGCGAAGUACAUGGUGGCUUUACAAAUUGCCCGUGAGCCACUUGUGCGUAAAUGUGUCAGAGAAGUUUUUUUCGAAAGGGCUAAAAUGACAGUCAGGCCGACUAAAAAAGGGAUGAAAGUCAUCGACGAGACGCAUAAUUGUUACAGUAUGAAGUAUAUCAAGGAUAAGCCGGUGAGGGACUUGACCGGUGACCAGUUCCUCAAACUUACGCUUGCGGAAGAAGAGAAUCUCUUAACUAUCACGAUUAAUGAGAAUAUUGAAGGGAACACGUCUGGGUCGUACAUUGACGAAGUCAAGCAAUUGUACAUUAGGGACGAGUUUAGUAAAAACGUGCAAGACUGGAACGCCUUGCGUAUGGGCUGUGUCGAACGGGCCUUGACUCGCUGCGUCUUGCCCGACUUGAGGGGCGAAUUGAAGCGAACUCUUCUAGCCGAGGCCAAAGAAUCGGUGCUAAAGGCCUGUUGCCGAAAAUUGUACAACUGGAUUAAGAUUGCGCCCUACUCUGUGAGCUUCCCGGACGAAGACGAGGACGAAUGGGACACCUCCAAGGGCAUCCGCGUCAUGGGCCUCGCCUACGUCCCCGACUACUCCCAAUCGGCCUUCGCUUGCAUAGCCGCCCCUGACGGCGAAAUUACCGACUACCUGCGCCUUCCCCACAUCCUCAAGCGCAAGAACAGCUUCAAGCCCGACGAGAAACUCAUGAAAGAGUCCGACUUGGUCACUUUACGCAACUUCAUCAACAUGAAAAAACCGCACGUGAUCGCCAUCGGGGGCGAAUCGCGGGAGGCGCUAAUGAUCGCCGACGACCUCAAAGCCAUCAUCACCGACCUCGUCGAAAACGAGCAAUUCCCCCAAAUUAAAGUCGAGAUAAUCGACAACGAAUUGGCCAAAGUUUACGCCAUCUCCAACAAGGGGGUGUCCGAUUUUCGCGAUUACCCCGAACUGUUGCGACAGGCUGUCUCUCUAGCGCGCAAAAUGCAAGACCCCUUGAUAGAAUACUCGCAAUUGUGCAACGGUGACGAGGAGAUUUUGAGUUUACGGUUCCACCCGUUGCAGGAACAGAUCGGCAAGGAGGAGCUCCUGGAAGCCGUCUGUCUUGAAUUCGUCAAUCGGACGAAUGAAGUGGGCGUUGAUGUGAAUCUGGCCGUCCAACAGGCACAUAAAUCAAACUUGGUGCAGUUUAUUUGUGGCCUGGGGCCGCGUAAAGGCCAGGCCUUGUUACGUUUGUUGAAACAGACCAAUCAGAGGCUUGAGAAUCGGACACAAUUGGUCACAGCGUGUCACAUGGGCCCCAAAGUUUUUAUCAACUGUUCCGGUUUUAUUAAAAUCGAUACGAACAGUCUUGGGGACAGUACCGAAGCGUACGUUGAGAUUCUCGAUGGGUCACGAGUGCAUCCGGAAACGUACGAGUGGGCGAGGAAGAUGGCUGUGGACGCGCUGGAGUAUGACGAUGACGAGGGGGCGAACCCGGCGGGGGCUUUGGAGGAGAUUUUGGAGGCGCCUGAAAGGCUCAAAGACUUGGAUCUGGACGCGUUUGCCGAGGAAUUGGAGAGACAAGGUUUCGGCAAUAAAAGUAUCACGUUGUACGAUAUUAGGGCCGAGUUGAACUGCAGAUAUAAGGAUUUGAGGACUCCGUUCCGCUCGGCUAACCCCGAGGAAUUGUUCGAUAUGUUAACGAAAGAAACACCCGAAACUUUUUAUAUUGGUAAAAUGGUCACAGCGAGUGUUGUGGGCAUUGCGCGGCGAAAGCCACAAGGGGAGCAGCUAGAUCAUGCAAAUCCGGUCCGAAACGAUGAAACGCGCCUUUGGCAGUGUCCUUUCUGUUUGAAAAACGAUUUUCCGGAAUUGUCCGAUGUCUGGAACCACUUUGAUGCGGGGGCUUGCCCUGGACAAGCCACUGGUGUUAAACUAAAGCUAGAUAAUGGAAUUUCGGGCUACAUUUAUAUCAAGAAUAUAAGCGACAAGAAUGUGGCUAACCCGGAAGAACGUGUGAGUAUCGGUCAGUUGAUUCACUGCCGGAUUAUGAAAAUCGACGUCGAGCGUUUUUCCGUCGAUUGCACCUCGAAAUCGAGCGAUUUGUUGGAUAAAAACCACGAGUGGCGGCCCCCACGUGACCCCUAUUACGACACCGAACAGGAAGAGAAGGACACAAGGGCCGAAAAUGAAUUAAAGAAAAACAAGCAAAGACAAACUUAUAUCAAGCGAGUUAUUGUUCACCCUGCCUUUCAUAAUAUUUCAUAUGUUGAGGCAGAGAAAUGUAUGGCGAAUAUGGACCAAGGCGAGGUGAUAAUACGCCCGUCGAGUAAAGGGGCCGACCAUUUAACAAUCACUUGGAAAGUGGCCGACAAUAUCUACCAACAUAUUGACGUGAGAGAGGAGGGCAAGUCCAAUGCCUUCUCUCUGGGUAAGACUUUGUGGAUCGGUGGCGAAGAAUUCGAAGAUUUGGAUGAAAUUAUCGCACGACAUGUCACACCAAUGGCGGCGCACGCGCGCGAUUUGCUCUAUUUUAAGUACUACAGAGACACAAACGGGGGUCAUAAGGAUAAGGCAGAGGAGGUUGUUAAAGAAGAAAAGAAGAAAAACCCGUCGAAAAUACACUAUAUUGUCAGUGCGUCCAAAAGUUGUCCGGGCAAAUUUUUAUUAUCGUAUCUGCCACGGAAUAAAUGCCGGCAUGAGUUUAUUUCAGUGACGCCUGAAGGUUUCCGGUUCAGGAAACAAUUGUUUGAUUCAGUAGCGUCACUGUUUAAGUGGUUUAAGGAACAUUUCCGGGACCCCAUCCCAGGGGGGAUGACUCCGGGGACCCCACGGGCCAGUGGGCGGACGCCCUACCAGACCACUGGGACUACACCCAAUUUCAAUGCGAUGAACCCUGAGGCCAUUCAACGAGUGGCUCAAAAUUUGCCCACGCAUAUGAUGCAAACCUUGUCAGCUGUGGCCAAUCAAACGCCCCAUUACCCACACACACCAGGUGGCGCUUACGGCGCUAGCAACUACAUCAAUACGCCGUAUACUCCAAGUGGCCAAACCCCCUUCAUGACCCCUUACCAGACCCCCCACACGCAGCAAACGCCCCGUUACGGCCAGCAAACCCCCUCACCGCACAUACCCCCAAGUACCGCCCCCCACAUGAACGGCCCGUUCCUGCACCCGGGGGCCGCGACCCCCAGCCAGCGGACCCCAUCGUACCGACACCCCCCUACGCAGUCGCCCCUCAUCCAGAGCAGUCCGCACCCGAGCCCCCACGCGCGCUCGUAUGCUGGUAGUGACCACGGGCGAGGUUACGGUGAUUCUUCCAGAGGGUUUCCGACUGAGUCGCCCCGUGGGUAUGGCAGUAGCCGGGGGUAUGAUGGGCACAGAGGGGCCUACUCGACUGAAUCAACCGAUUGGCAGAAAGCGGCAGAGGCUUGGGCUAAUAGAUCGAAAAGCGGGACUCCGAGAAGCGAGUCGAGGAAUACGCCCAGGUCAGGGGGGCAGAGGACCCCCAGGUUUGAUGAUAUUCGGGGGGACCUUGAGAGGACUAGGAUGAAGAACGUGGGGAAGAGCCCCAGGUCGUUACGGUCGACGCCAAGGACCAACACCUCGCCUCAUUCCAUGUCUCUAGGGGACGCCACCCCGCUUUAUGACGAAAGUGUUUAAGACUUGUACCAGUUUAAUAUUUGUACAGUUUGCUCAAGUUUGAGCCACUCUGAGGUCGUUUUUCAACGUAUUAUUUUAAUAAAAUAGUCGUUAUACAAGUUGUGGUUUGUUCUGAGGUAGGCGCAGUAGGAACUACUGAUUCUGGACGGAUAUUUAUCGUGUAUUUUUAUAUUGUUUCUAUCAUUUUAUCUGGUUUUGCCGUAGGGACAAUCAUUUCAAAUUGACUAUUUUGUUAUAGCCAGAUUGUAUUUAUUUGCCCAUUUAUAAUAAAUACGAAAUAGCCCCA